AUGUCAUCAGCCUCGACUACACAUCCCGAGGAGUUCUUCAACGAUCUUUCACAACCAACAGGCAACGGACGACCAAACAGCCUUCUGAGGGGCACAGGCGACAUGGCAGGAGGAGUUGAUGGAAAUGAAGGGGACUCGAUUAUUCAAAGGCCGAAGAAAAUCGCAUGUAUUAUAUGCCGAAAAAGAAAACUUAAAUGUGAUGGCUCGAAGCCAAGUUGUUCAACAUGUACGAGAUUGGGACAUGAUUGUGCUUAUGAUCCGGUGCGGAGAAAGUCUGGCCCAAAGCGUGGCUACGUGAAAGCAUUGGAGGAGCGAUUAAAACAAGUCGAGACCAUGCUCAAAUCACAGGAACCUAAUGCUACAAAUCCCAGCCAAGGCACCGGCAAUGUUAGCGGGGAAAGCUUACGGACUGUCCCGGCCGCGGAAUUCAACGUUCCUGGCCCGUCUAUAAGAGCAGAUGGUGAACGAUGGCGCUAUGAAAGUGAUUCUGAACCGCCGUUGAGUGGAAUGGGAUUCGUGAAUACUGUGGAUGUUGGAAUGGGGUUAGAGGAUUUUCCUUCUCCGUGGGAAAUGAUUGGGCUCGGAAUUGAGGAGCCGUUACCCCUCCAAAAUGCAGUGGAUGAGUUUCCACCAAGUCAACGCCCUCCAGUUUCAUUGCGAUAUGCGAUAUGGACGCUUGCAGCUUCUGUUUCCGAGAAAUACAGUGACCUCAAGGAUCACUUCUACCAGCGGGCUCGAAAAUAUCUCGAGAUAGAUUCACUAAAAGGAUUUGGAGAAAGCAUAAUUUCUGUCUCACAUGCACAAGCACACAUUCUUAUAGCUUCUUACGAGUUCAAAAUGAUGUAUUUACCUCGAGCUUGGAUGAGCACCGGAUGUGCCAUCAGACUAUGUCAAAUUCUUGACAAGCCUGGUCUAGAGACAAAACAAUGUCUUCCACCACCACGUGAUUGGACAGAGAAAGAGGAGAGGCGCAGGACUUUUUGGAUGGCCUUUUGUGAAGAUCGCUACGCUAGUAUCGGAACUGGCUGGCCCAUGAUAAUUGAUGAAAAUGACAUCGCAUCGGACCUACCAUGCUCCGACGAGGCAUUCCAAAUGAGCAGACCAGAAACUUCUCAAACUCUUACGGAAGCAAUGAGUCCUCAAGGCGCUUCUAAGCUUUCGCCCUUUGCUGGGAUUGUAUUGAUGGCUUCGCUCUUCGGUCGAAACAUCUUACAUCUACAUCGCUCCGAUGCGGAUAAUCGCGACAAUGACUUGAAUGGAGAGUUCUGGAAGCGACACAGGAGUAUGGAUAAUAUUCUCUUGAACACUUCGCUCUGUUUACCUUUUCACCUCAGACUACCUCACGGAAUGGCCAAUCCUAAUGUUGUGUUUUUGAACAUGAGUAUUCAUGCUUCCGUCAUCUGCCUACAUCAAGCGGCAAUACUCAAGGCUGAAAAGCAUGGGUUACCCGAUUCUGUCGUCCUUGGAAGUAAAGCGAGAGCCAUUACCUCUGCAAAUGAGAUUACAAGUAUGAUGCGUACGAUUUCGCAUAUGGAUUUAUCAACUAUGAAUCCAUUCCUGUCCUUCUGUCUCGUUGUGGCAGCACGUAUUUUCGUUCAGUGCCUAGCGGAUACACCAAAAGAUACACAGCUUCUUGACUCUCUAAGAUUUCUCCUAUAUGCCAUGAAUGCUUUUAAGAAAAAGAGUCCUUUGGCGGAGUCUUUUCUAGUACAAAUAGACGUUGAUUUAGAGAUCAGGGGUAUGCGCCACAACAAGAAAUUUAAAGAUGCUCCUUGGAACGAGGAUUUGAUGGGAUCUAGAGAUAUUGUAGUCAGAGCUUGUCCAACUCCCGGUGGUGGAAAUUUUCCCCCUGGGUGUAACUUUAUGAUGCGGAUCCCAAAGGAUAGGGGUGCCAAUACGUCCCCUGUGGAAAACGAGAGCCAAACUAAUUCCCAAGAAGGAUUGCGUCUUCCGGCCGAUGCCGAACAAGCAGGUGGGGGAACAACGUCAAGCUCCGGAAGGACUCCGCUCCCACACAAUUUCGAUAUUGAAAAAAACAACUGGCGUCCGUCAAACGAAAACGCACGAGCUCGAGACUUAGGACGGGGCGUAUCUAUUGGUCAAAACAGAGAUCCAAACAGUAAUCCCAACAGCAAUGGGAACGCUAGUGCUACCGCCGAAACCAUGGGGACGUCUAUGACACCAAAUACAUUUAGUAUGCCGGAGACUCAAGGGAGAACAUAUACGAUGUCGGGGUGGAGGGGCCCACAGCCGACGACGGGGACAGGGUUAACGCCAGUAGGAGAGGGGCUUUUUAGACAUAUGAUGGGUUUGGGUCCUGUUGGAGACCUUGAUUCAAUGGAUAUUUGGGAGGGACAUAGUUAA